AGAAUCGGUGAGUCUAUAAAUCGAAAAACCUUUUUAUUUUUUUGGAUUGAUAUCUCUCCGUAUCCCGAGGCAAAAACCAGGCGAGUCGACGGCGUAGUGAUUUACACACGCAUUGUGGGGUGGUGGUGCUUGCGUCUUGCCCGGAGCCAACCGAACCCGCGCGGCCCUCCGCCGUCUUUACCUUCUGUUCUUGGUUCCUGGCCGUCAUGCUCCCUCGAUCGUAAGUGAUCCUCUCUCGCGCGUUCACCUCCUCCCUCUCCACCUACUCUCCUCCCCGCCUAUAGAGAAGAAAAAGAAGAAGAUCGAAAGGAGGAGGAGAGAUCGAAAAGCGAUUGGAAGGAGUGGACGAUGAUCCUGCCGGCGGUAAAGCUGGGAACUCUGGCCCUGAAGACCCUCUGCAAACCCAUCGCCAGUCGACUCAAGAAAGAGGCCGGCAUCCACCCCAAGUUCCACCGGUUCAUCAUCAACAUUGCUCAGGUUGCUGUAGGUGCCUUAAUCUUUGAGGUGCAAAGAAGUGCAAGGUCGGAAGCUAGAAAAGAGGAAAUUCGGAAGCAAGCGAUUGAGGCAAUGAAACAAAGAGAGGAGGAUCUAACAAGAGAAGUAGAGCUACUCAAGCAGAAGCUCAAUGAAACAGAGCACCUUGCCGAGGGACGAGGCCUUUCAGGCAUUCUCAACUUCAGGCAUGGCCAUGCACUAGAAGAAAACAAGAGAGCAGGACCUGCUCGAUUAGUUUGAUCAAGUUCAAGUUUGAUGAACUUAAGCAGCUUGAGCAGAAUGCUGUCUUGUUGCCGGUUUAAUGAGUAUACAUUCUUCUGUUCUGAGUUGGGGGUGUUUUGCCCACCAAGUCGUUAUGGUUCUUGUCAUCAUUCUUGUUUGUAACUAUUGCUGAUUCGAUUGACAAUGGCUGAUGCUUUUCUUUUACCCUUGUCCAUUGAUCACUAUGACAAUGUAAGAGUGGCAUAAGCUUCAUUUCACAACACUGGAAUUAUCAAUAAAGAAAUGUUACAGGA